CGGCGCGGGAGUGUUGGCAGCCCUGGCCGAGAAGAAACAUGUCUGCCGCUGUGGUAAACAACGUUGGCGUGAAGCCCGAAGAAAAACACCAAAAUGAGGAGGAAAAUGCAGAGGACGUGGAUGACAUAGUGGACGGAACGGCGCCCGAGGAGGCCAAGAAGAAGAAGAAAAAGAAAAACAAGAAGAAGGCCGCUGGUGGAGCAGGGUCAGUAAAUGUCCCAGGGAGCGGAGGACUUGGCGGAGAAGCUAGAGCCACGACCCUGAAAGAUGGCAAGCCUGAAGGAGAAGAAGGAAGUUCUGCUAAGAAGAAGAACAAAAAGAAGAAGAAGGCUGCGGGUGAAGGUGGCUCUGAGGAAGCUGAUUUAGUAAAUGGAACAGCUGACUUGAAGAAAACCAUCACAGAAAAGCCUGAAGGGGAAGAAGAGGGAGGCUCCUCUAACAAGAAAAAGAAUAAAAAGAAGAAGAAGAAGGCUGCAGGACAAGGAGCUGAAGAGGAAGGUGAUCAAGAGGAGAAAGAAGAUAAGCAAAUAGCUGAUGCUGAAGAAGAGAGUAGUUCUGCUGCCAAGAAGAAAAACAAAAAGAAAAAGAAGAAGAACCAGGGACAAGGAGGUGAAGCGGAAGAGAUUGAGGAGCCCAAAGAGGAAGAAGAGGAAGAAGCGUCUGCAAAAAAUAAGAAGAAUAAAAACAAGAAGAAGAAGAAGGCACCAGAGCAAGAGGUUGAGAUGGAAGAGGAGACACAGCCAGAAGCCAAAGAAGAGGGUCCUAAAGUGCAAACUAACCCUCCAACUGUUCCUAUUGUGGAUCUUUUUCCUGAUGGCAACCUCCCUAUUGGUGAGAUAUGCGAAUACAAGAUCAACAAAGAUGACCGCAGUGCCAUUAACCGCAUGAACUCUGAUGAGAAGAAGGCCCUCGAGACCUCCUUUGAAGAGAUGUACCGCGAGAUCCGCAUUGGUGCCGAAGUCCACCGCACGACUCGCAAGUACUUCAAGGAAAACGUGAAACCGGGAAUGUCCAUGAUAGAGAUUUGCCACAUGAUUGAGGAGACCAACCGCAAGCUCAUCAAAGAGAAUGGGCUGAAGGCUGGCCUGGCGUUCCCGACUGGCUGCUCCAUCAACCACUGCGCGGCUCACUACACCCCCAACUCAGGCGACAAGACAGUCCUCAACUAUGAUGACGUGUGCAAGAUAGAUUACGGGAUCCAUAUCAAUGGUCGUGUGAUUGACUGCGCUUUCACGCUAACCUUCAACGAUAGAUACAACAACCUUGUGGAGGCUGUGCGUGCAGCAACCAACACUGGCAUCAGGGAAGCUGGCAUUGAUGCUAGGCUGUGUGAUAUUGGUGCUGCCAUUCAGGAGACGAUGGAAAGUUAUGAGAUUGAGCUGAACGGCAAGACAUAUCCAAUCAAAUGCAUUCGCAAUCUCAAUGGCCAUUCGAUAGCACCUUACAGGAUCCACGCCGGAAAGACAGUCCCAAUUGUCAAAGGAGGAGAAGCUGAAAUUAUGGAGGAGAAUGAAGUGUAUGCGAUUGAAACCUUUGGUUCCACUGGUCGUGGUUAUGUGCACGAUGACAUGGAAACCUCACAUUACAUGAAGAACUACGAUGCUGGACACGUUCCUCUCAGGCUGGCCAAAUCCAAACACCUGCUUAAUGUAAUUAAUCAGAAUUUCGGCACUUUGGCCUUCUGCCGCCGUUGGCUGGAUCGCCUUGGAGAAAGCAAGUACCUGAUGGCUCUCAAGGAUCUCUGUGAGAAGGGGAUUAUUGACCCAUACCCUCCACUCUGUGAUGUGAAGGGCUGUUAUACAGCUCAGUUUGAGCACACGAUAGUCCUUCGACCUACCUGCAAAGAGGUUGUAACUCGUGGAGAUGAUUACUAACUCUCAUCUGAAAAGGUUGUUUCCCCACACUUAACUGGAGAUCGAAUUUCAAUUCCUCGUUCUCUGUCCGAGGUAAAGGCCGUUUUGAGAAGGAUGUGAUAUGUUUUACAUAUUUAUUUUUUCAUCCUUUCAGUUGCUGAAUUAUGUGGCAUUAAAAGCACACCCCAGUUGUUAUCUUGAUUAUAUAUAUUUUUUUUCUCUUUAGCAUAUGCAAGUACAUAAUUGCAUUUUCUAUCCUAUAAUUAUUUCCAGCAAUAUAUUUUCUCCUUUGUACAGGGGCACAAGAAGUCAUUUUUAUUCAGAUGUUUACAGUGAUAAAAGAAAUAAAUAAUUAAAGAAAAGAAAA